UAAAACCCAUAAGAUUUCUUUGCGAAUUUUAUGAAUCUCAUCUUGUUUGUUUGCAUUCGAACCCACGAUUUCUUGACCCCAUAAGAUUUUCUUGAGCUUUCUUUGUGCAUGGGUUUAACUGCAGAAUUUUCUCCAACAUAGGGGCAAAAAAGGAAAAAGGAAAAAAAGAGGGGCUUUUCUGUAAAAAAAAUUGGUUAAUAGUGGUGAAAGUGAACUGUUGAACGUAAAUUUUUUACUACUGUAUUGUUUUCUUAAGACCCACAUUUUUUGGUGUUGUGUGUUUUUUCAUUAUUUUUAUGGUGAAUCUUGAAUUUAUUUUUUUGUUCGUUUCUUGUAUCGAACAGGUGUGGAAUCGCAAUGGAGUUUCGGAGUGUUUCGACAACCUGGUGAUCGGUUUUGGAGUCAACAUACUCACUGUGGUUGUGGUUUCUGCGCUUUGGAUUAUCAAUAGGCGCCGUAAACAAUGGAGGAGGUCGCGUCUUUCGGCAAAGAUUCUAUUCUCCAUUAUAGCUUCUUUCGGGGCAUGCAUUGCAUUCUUUGACAUAAUUACGCUUUUGAGGACAAGAUUAAAUUCCCGAGACGUUCCUUUUCACGAAUGGCUGUAUACAUGCUCGCAAUUCUCAGUCUGGGUGACCAUUCUGGUUUUGUCAAGGUGCGAAACGGGGUUGGAUGUUUUAUACAGUGGCAUCCUUUGUUCUUGGUGGAUAUUAAAAGUCCUUUUCUUGAUACCACGGUUACAAAUAGUUUUCUCUUCACAUGAGGUAAUAAGGUGGAUUAUGGAAAUCUGUGGGGUUAUGACAGAGAUCAUGUUUGGAAUAUUAAUAAACGUAACCCGAAUAAAAGUUGCAUCUUAUCGAAGCAGUCCAAUGGCGGACCCGCUUCUCCCGUACCAACAUGAAGUCGACGAAGCUCCUUCUAGUGACUCUGGAAUUUUACGUAAUAUCUGGAAUCUGAUGACGUUCGAAACAAUCGAUCCUGUGAUGCAAAACGGCGUGAAAAAACAGCUCGACUUUGAAGAUUUACUUCAGCUACCCUUAGAUAUGGACCCUUCGUCUUGCCAUAAUUUGCUAUUACAAAAGUGGGAUUCUCAGAAAAUCGACAACUUUAGUCAUCCUUCGUUGUUUAAGGCGAUUUUCUCGGCAUAUGGAUGGCCGUAUUUCCGCAUAGGUCUGUUAAAGGUGCUUAAUGACUGCCUCGGUUUUGCAGGACCGCUACUUCUCAAUAAACUUAUUCGUUUUCUUCAGAAAGGUUCCACAGAUGUCGAUGGUUAUGUUCUUGCAAUAUCCUUGGGUUUGGUCUCGGUUCUAAAAUCGUUCCUCGACACACAAUAUUCGUUCCGUCUCGCACAACUUAGGCUGAAGUUGAGAUCUAGUAUUAUGACCAUUAUCUACCGAAAGUGUCUUUGCGUUAGCUUAGCGGAGAGAUCGAAAUUUUCCGAAGGAGAGAUUCAAACAUUCAUGUCAGUCGACGCAGACCGAAUUGUAAACCUUUGCAACAGUGCUCAUGAUAUGUGGAGUUUGCCUUUUCAAAUUGGAGUCGCUCUGUAUCUACUGUACAGACAAGUGCAGUUUGCCUUCAUAUCUGGGGUGGCUAUAACUAUUUUACUAAUACCAGUUAACAAAUGGAUCGCAAAUCUAAUUGCAAAUGCAACAAAAAAUAUGAUGGAACAAAAGGAUGAGAGGAUUAGAAAGACAGCAGAACUACUAACAUAUAUCCGUACUUUAAAAAUGUACGGAUGGGAGCUUAUUUUCUCCAGCUGGUUGAUGAAGACAAGGUCCUCCGAAGUCAAAUAUUUAUCGACUCGGAAAUAUUUGGAUGCAUGGUGUGUUUUCUUUUGGGCAACUACACCUACACUAUUUUCUUUGUCCACUUUCGGACUCUAUUCGUUAACGGGCCACCACCUUGAUGCUGCAACGGUUUUCACUUGCCUAGCUUUAUUUAAUAAUUUGAUCUCUCCUCUAAACUCGUUCCCAUGGGUCAUCAAUGGUUUGAUAGAUGCAGCUAUAUCUAGUAGACGAUUGAACAAGUAUCUCUCUUGUUAUGAGAGUGAUAUGGGAAACGGCAAUAAUUCGUCUACGAUUUUCUACGAUGAGAAUUGUGAUUUUAAAGAAACCGAUGUUUUUAUCCGUGAUGCAAGUUGUACUUGGUCGAGCUACGACGAGAAGGAAUUCGAUCUUGUUUUGGAACACGUAAAUCUUUGUGUUCCAAAAGGUUCCAUGAUUGUUAUAAUCGGAGAGGUUGGAUCGGGUAAAUCAUCUCUUCUAAACAUGGUCCUAGGCGAAACAAGGCUCGUCGGUGGAUCCGUGUGCAUGACCGGAACCAAAGCAUAUGUACCACAGGUACCCUGGAUAAUGUCGGGAACUAUUCGGAAUAGGUAUAUAUAUAACCUCCGUUUUACGUGAGCAGAUACUCGGAAAAUAUUACAUGCAUGUGCUCUAGAUCUCGAUAUUUCUCUAAUGAUUGGAGGAGGUAUGUCUCGUAGUGAGAAAGGAAUUAAUUUAUCUGGUGGACAACGAGCUCGUCUCGCCCUUGCCAGGGCUCUUUAUCACGGCUCAGAUACGUACCUUCUUGACGAUGUACUGAGUGCAGUUGACGCACAUGUAGCUCGCGAAAUUUUACAGAAUGCCAUUAUUGCCCCUCUUAUGAACCGAAAUACACGCAUUCUCUGUACACAUAAUAUCCAGGCAAUAUAUAAGGCUGAUAUGGUGGUGGUGAUGGAUAAAGGACAUGUGAAAUGGAUCGGAAAUCCGAUGGACUUAUCAUCUGUCACUUCUUACAUUUCGUUUUUGUCGGAAAAUGAGUUCGACACAUUUUCUGAUAUAAAAAAUAAGGGUAAAUCGUCGAAUUCUUGUUGUGAAUCGGAGAAAAAUCAAGAACUUGAGUGUAUAAGCACUUCGAACGAAGCUCAAGGUACAAUUGAGGUGGAGAUAAGGAACGAGGGUAGAGUUGAAUCAACAGUGUACAAGAACUACGCCGCAUUUUCUGGUUGGUCAAUUGCGAUUGUGACAUGUGUAUCGGCAAUUUUGAUGCAAGCGUCUCGUAAUGGAAAUGACCUGUGGCUGUCGUUUUGGGUCGACACGAGUGGAAGCAACAUCGAAAGCAAAUACUCGACCACUUUUUAUCUGGUCGUACUGUGCAUGUUUUGCAUGGUCAACUCAUCAUUGACUUUAGUGAGGGCGUUUGCAUUUGCAUUUGGCGGUUUACGAGCUGCUAUUAGAGUGCACGAUCAACUGCUAGGGAACCUUAUCGAUGCACCCGUUUAGUUUCUUCGAUCAACACCGAGCGGAAGAAUAUUAAACAGACUGUCUUCAGAUCUCUACACAAUUGACGAUUCUCUUCCAUUUAUUCUCAAUAUUCUCCUCGCCAAUUUUGUCGGCCUCUUAGGAAUCGCCAUAGUUUUGUCGAUUGUACAGGUCAUGUUUUUGCUGGUAUUAAUACCAUUUUGGUUUAUGUACAGCAAAUUGCAGUUCUACUACAGAUCAACAUCUCGUGAAUUGCGACGACUGGAUAGUGUUUCAAGAUCGCCUAUUUAUGCGUCAUUUACCGAGACAUUAGAUGGCUCCUCAACUAUUAGAGCUUUCGAUUCUGUGGACUAUUUCUUAUUCAGAUUCAUGCAGCAUGUGCAAAUAUAUCAACGGACUUCUUACACAGAAAUCGUCGCAAGUUUGUGGCUCUCCCUUCGACUUCAGUUGUUGGCAGCAUUUAUAGUCUCGUUUGUCGCUGUAAUGGCUAUUAUCGGCGCGCAUGGAUACAUCCCAGUCAAUAUGGGUACACCUGGACUGGUAAAUAUUGAACUGCUACGUACAUACGGACUUAAUUUCAGAGCCAAUUUAGAUCCAUUCGAGACGAGCGACGACGAAAAGAUCUGGAACAUUCUAGAAAAAUGCUGUAUCAAGGAGGAAAUAGAAGCUUCCGGAGGAUUGGACGUCCGUGUAAAGGAAGCGGGGACCACAUUUUCGGUAGGGCAACGUCAGCUUCUCUGCCUUGCACGUGCUCUCCUCAAAUCCUCGAAGGUACUCUGCUUGGACGAGUGCACGGCAAAUGUGGAUACACAAACGGCUUAUAAGCUGCAGAAAGCGAUUUCGAGUGAAUGCCAAAGCAGAACAAUUAUCACGAUUGCUCAUCGGAUUUCCACUGUUAUGACCAUGGAUAAAAUCUUCAUUUUCGACCAAGGGGUUCUGGUUGAAGAGGGAAAUCCACAGUUACUCGUUCAUGACGAGUCGUCCCGAUUUUCGAGCUUCGCUAGAGCCUCAACAAUGUGACAUGUGUGUGUGUGUGUGUGUGUGUGUGUGUGUGUGUGUGUGUGUGUGUGUGUGUGUG